CGCGCUGGGAGGAGGUCGACGCCGUCGGGGAGAGUCGACCGCCCUGGACGGGACAUAAAAGGCCGGCGUUAAUGUGACAACGACCGCUAGGAUGUCUACACCGCCUCUAGCAGGGCCAGGAUUGCCUUCUGGUCCAUUUUCUGGGCCUCAGGGUCAGGCUGCACGAGAAGUGAACACAGCUUCGUUGUGUCGCAUUGGUCAAGAGACUGUGCAGGACAUUGUAUUCCGCACUAUGGAAAUCUUCCAGCUGUUAAGAAAUAUGCAACUUCCAAAUGGUGUCACCUAUCAUACGGGCACAUAUCAAGACAGAUUAGGAAAGCUGCAAGAACAUCUGCGCCAACUGUCAAUACUGUUUCGGAAACUGAGAUUAGUGUACGAUAAGUGCAAUGAAAAUUGUGCAGGACUUGAACCUAUUCCAAUAGAGCAGCUCAUUCCUUACGUGGAAGAGGAUGGCUUUAAACAUGAUGAUCGAGGAGCCACCAACCAGCUACUCUUUGCUAGUGAAGAAAGACGGGAAAUCAUGGAAGUUAUCAAGAAACUGAAACAGAAGAAUCAACAGCUGAAGCAAAUCAUGGAUCAAUUGCGGAAUCUCAUUUGGGACAUAAAUGCCAUGUUAGCAAUGAGGAACUGAAUAUGUUUUCUUUUCUUUCUCAUUAUAAUAUUUGAUGUUAUUUGUUACAGAAGAAUAACUUUUUAAAGAAGACUUGGAGGGGGGAAGGGUAUCUUAUUCCCCCCCCCAAAUGUUUUGAAACAGCAAGACCCACAGGUAUUCGAUUGUACCUAAAAUAGUCAUGUAUAUAUUUGUUAUAUUUUGGUUAUGUAUAUUUAAGCCUUGAAGUUCUAGGCAGCGAAUAAAUUCAAUGUGAGCUUUAAUUUUCA